CGACGAGCCGCCAGCGUACGUAACCAUUUUGGAGCCGCCUUUAGACGGUAAUUAACGUAUUUCAAACGCCAAGUAUGAAAUUUGGAAGCGUGCCAAGGGAAACGCGUAAGAGCCGGUCGAACCUUUCGAGUAUAUAAAAAUACGUCACCGUCGACAACGACAGACCGCGCCGACCGCUCGGCUUUUUCGAAGAUGAGAAAUCUAAUUUUAAUGGUUUUCUCGGUAGCCGUGGCAAUACGCGAAAUGAAAUGCUCGAGGACGGGAUAUCCGAUUAGAGAAAACGGUUGCAGAAUUAGUUGCGUAGCCGGCAUAGAGGACGACUUAUGCGAUACUUAUUGCAAGAAUAAUGGAGCGGAAAAAGGCGUUUGCAAAGAUCCCGCUUCGUCUUGCUAUUGCGAGAAUGGACCCCUCCACAUGGCUACUUGGAAUGCCGAUUACGCCAAUUGUGAGGCCUGGAAAGAAAAUUCCGUUCGAUUCUAUGUUAACGAAAAUUAAACUCUACGAAAGGAAAAACUGUUAAAUGUUCACUGACACGUUUAUUUUAAAUAAAAAUUG